AUUUUCGAUUUUUGUUGCCACUGAAAAUUGGCAACCCUUUCUUUCCCACCAAACUCUAUGCACGCUACUUGAGCUUCCUUCCUUCUCACACCUUCUAUCUGAUCUUGUCUUGUCUUGUCUUGAAGAAGAAGAAAGAAAGAAGAACACUAUUUGAACAUCCUUCCUUCUUUGUUGUGAUCCAUUAAAGAUGGCGGCAAUAUUAGCUUCACAAAGCUCUUAUUGCCGCAACACCAACACUUGUUUGAUGAAAUGCCAAAGAGGAGGAAGAGGAGGAUUACACAGUAUCAGUUUCUCAACUUCAGUAUCUAUUUUGCAAAUCCCAGAUCUUGGGAAACAUACAAAUAUGGAGAAAACCUUCUUAGGAUUUUCUGUCUAUGCGCAAAAACUCGACUCACCUACAAAAUUGGGCUCAAAUGGCCGUCCCAUUAAAAUGGUGCCCACAACUGAGUUGACCACAAAAGUGGAAAUGGUAAAUGGUUCCAAAUCAGUCAUAAAUGGAGCAAUCAUAGUUAAGAAAGAUAUAAAUGCUUCAAAAUCUCCACCUAUAAUAAGGAAGGAGACUAAAAGACUUCCACCUCCAAUUGAGGAGUUGAAACCGCUGCCAUCUGAUGAAGCUUUCAGUUGGGCUAACGAGGAUUAUAACUCGGUUCAGAGAGUAAUCGAUGUUUGGUCUUUUGUUCUAUCGUUGAGAGUUCGUGUUCUCUUUGACAAUGCAAAGUGGUCUUAUUUUGGAGGAUUUUCAGAAGACAAUCAGAAAAACAGAAGGCGAAAAACUGCCUCCUGGCUACGAGAGAAGGUGCUUCAACUUGGUCCUACAUUCAUCAAACUUGGGCAGUUGUCAUCCACAAGAUCGGAUAUAUUCCCUCGUGAAUUCGUUGAAGAACUUGCAAAAUUGCAGGACAGAGUACCUGCUUUUUCGGCGAAGAAAGCUAGAGAUUUUGUCGCCAAGGAACUGGGGGCACCAGUUGACAUCUUGUUUAAGGAAUUCGAAGACCAGCCUAUAGCAGCUGCCAGCCUUGGUCAGGUGCAUCGGGCAACCUUACAUAGUGGAGAGAAAGUUGUCGUAAAAAUUCAAAGGCCUGGCCUCAGGAGGCUUUUUGACAUUGAUCUAAAAAAUCUAAAGCUAGUUGCAGAAUAUUUUCAAAGAAGUGAGACUAUGGGUGGUCCAUCAAGGGAUUGGAUUGGAGUAUAUGAAGAAUGUGCCAAGAUUUUAUACGAAGAGAUCGACUACAUAAAUGAAGGUAAAAAUGCUGAUAGGUUCCGCAGGGACUUUCGUAAUAUAAAGUGGGUGCGAGUACCGCUGGUUGUGUGGGAUUACACUGCCACAAAGGUCUUAACCCUGGAAUAUACUCCAGGGAUUAAGAUUAGCCAGGUAGAUAUGUUAGAUGCUCGUGGCUAUAGUCGUAAACAAAUAGCAUCGCGUGCUAUCGAAGCUUACUUGAUUCAGAUACUAAGGACGGGUUUCUUUCACGCUGAUCCUCAUCCUGGAAAUCUGGCUAUUGAUGUGGAUGGAGCACUGAUAUAUUAUGAUUUCGGUAUGAUGGGAGAGAUUAAGUUAUUCACUAGGGAGAGAUUGCUGGAUUUAUUCUAUGCUGUUUAUGAGAAAGAUGCAAAGAAGGUUAUGGUUAGUCUCAUAGAUCUCGGAGCCCUUCAACCUACAGGCGAUUUGGCACCAGUUAGGAGAUCUGUACAAUUCUUCUUGGAUAACUUAUUAGGUCAAACUCCUGAUCAACAACAGACUUUUGCUGCAAUUGGGGAGGAUUUGUUUGCUAUAGCACAAGAUCAGCCUUUCCGUUUUCCAGCCACUUUCACAUUUGUGUUAAGGGCAUUUUCGACUCUUGAAGGAAUUGCAUAUAUUCUUGAUUCGAACUUCUCGUUUGUAAAGAUAGCUGCACCUUAUGCACAGGAGCUGUUGGACUUAAAGCAGCAGCGCAGUGGAACACAGCUGGUCCGAGAAAUCAGGAAACAAGCUGAUGAUGCCAGAACAUCGACAAUGUCCAUGCCAAAUAGAAUCCAACAGAUUGAAGAAAUCGUGAAACAACUCGAGUCAGGUGACUUGAAGCUCCGUGUCAGAGUUCUUGAGUCUGAAAGGGCAGCUCGAAAGGCAACAAUACUUCAAAUGGCCACCAUGUAUACAAUUUUUGGUGGGACACUUCUAAACCUAGGAGUUACUUUCAGUGUUAAUCAAGGAGCCCAACUGAUGGCUAAUGGCUCAUUCAUUGGCGCAGGUAUUUUUUUGACGCUGCUUAUCAGGUCAAUGCAAAGGGUGAAUAAGCUGGACAAGAUUGAGAAGAUGAUAUGAUAUUAUUCAAAGCAAUGAAACUAGUCAAAAGUUAGAUUUCCAUCAUUCUUUCCAAAAGGGACUUUUUAUAGCAACUGUAUAAAGGAUCAAAAGUAAAUAUAUGGGUAAUAAAUUGCAGUUCUAAUUCUCUGCUCA